AUGGCUUCAUCGCAAGCACCUAUCGCCAUCAUCGGCGCCGGUCCAGCUGGACUCACUCUUGCACGACUGCUUGAGCUCGCCAAUAUUCCAUACAUGAUUUUUGAGCGAGCUGAGUCUGCCUUAUGGGCCGACGAGCAUUCUAGCAGUGGCACUCUGGACAUUCACAAAGGCUCAGGACAGGCUGCUUUAGAAGAAGCUGGCUUGAUGGAAGAUUUCCAAAGAAUCGCUCGCUGGGGCGUGCCAGUGAAAUUCGUCGAUUCUCAAGGCGAAAUUGUGUUUGCUACCGUCUCCGGAGACAGCAAUGAAGACAAGCCAGAAAUUGAUCGAAAAGAUUUGCAAAAACUUCUUCUCGACUCUAUUAAGGCGAGCACAAUUCGAUGGGGGUGCAAGAUCGAGCGUGUGCAGAAAGAGAGCGAUGGAGCACAUUCAAUUUGUUAUGCAAAUGGCGGUGUUGAGUCUGGGUUUCGCCUCAUUGUAGGCGCAGAUGGUGCUUGGUCUAAAGUUAGGAAACUGCUCACACCUGCUGAGCCUCAAUAUCUCGGUACUCACUUUUUCACCACAUUCCUCAAGCCAGACAAUCCAUACUAUUCCUCAUUGACCUCGAUGGUCGGCAAUGGAAACUACCUAGCCCUCAGAAAAGGAAGGCAGUUCUUUCUACACUAUCUGGGCGAUGGCUCCUACCAUCUCGCAGUGGGAAUGAAACUCCCUGAAAAUUGGAACCCAGAUCCCACGAGACUUCACGACCCAGCGGCUUUGUGGCAGUCAUUGUUGCAGUAUGAAUAUGCCGAAUGGUCUCCAGAAAUCAAGGCAUUGAUCCAGUCUGCCACCCAUGGCUAUCGAUCUUGGCCAUUGUAUUCUAUCCCAAGAACAUCGGUGCCGUGGGAACACGUUCCUGGCGUGACAUUGCUUGGAGACGCUGCACACUUAACCGGACCGGGCGGAGAUGGUGUCAAUAGUGCCUUGCACGACAGCGUCGAAUUGGCUAGACAGAUCAUCAAGCACGGAAUCGAUGACCUGGACUCUGCAGUUGUAGAGUACGAGCAAGCGAUGUUCCCCCGGGCACUUGAGGCGAUCAACAAGGGUCAAUGGGCUGCGGAGCAUUUAUUUAAUGCCGAGUCAUCUCAAAGCUUUCUUCAGGCUGCUAUGCAACAGUGA